AUGUCAUCCAGAAAGGGCAAUCUUCUUCCACCGUCAAAUUAUACCACAAAGAUGUCAUGCUCCGAUAGUCCAUCUGGAAAUUCGUUUCUGGUAGACUCCUUGAUCCACGGAAGGGCCGAGGGAAGUGGACACUACUACCAAAACAGCGGAGUCUACUUGCAGCCGAGCUCCGAGUAUUCUUAUGGACUGUCUAACUGUGGCUAUUUCUCAUCAUGCUCAGGAGAUUCCAAAAGUGGCAAUACAGCUAACUGGCUGACGGCGAAGAGUGGCCGUAAGAAGCGUUGCCCCUACACCAAACAUCAGACUCUAGAGCUGGAGAAAGAGUUCCUCUUCAACAUGUACUUGACACGAGAGCGUCGCCUCGAGAUCAGCCGCAGUGUUCACCUCACGGACAGACAAGUCAAAAUCUGGUUUCAGAACCGACGGAUGAAGCUGAAGAAGAUGAGUCGAGAAAACCGAAUCCGAGAGUUGUCGGCCAACUUCAGUUUUUCAUGAAGCCUCCUCGCUUUAUAGAUCUCUGGCGCCCUCCUCCAUCAGCUGCAGUGGUAGCCUACUUA